AUGUCAACAUUAUCCGUACCUGCGCUGCCCAUAUACAACUCAGAAUCCCCGACAAAGCGAUCACGAAGCCGAAGCCCAGCGCCUUUCGCGGAUACGUCCUCCUCAAUAACCUCCUCCUACGCUCUCCUCACCCCUGACCAGACCGCCGACCGGUUAGAAACCUCGCUCACCCAUGGGUUAUUGCAGAGCGAGGCACAUGCGAGACUUGCAGAAGAUGGGCCCAAUGAGUUGCCCCAUGAAGAGGAGGAGCCCCUCUGGCUAAGGUUUCUGAAGCAAUUCAAAGAACCGCUCAUUGUACUCCUACUUGCCUCGGCCGCGAUUUCGCUUGUCAUCGGUAAUAAAGAUGACGCUGUCAGCAUUGCACUUGCGGUCACCAUUGUCGUCACAGUCGGGUUUGUUCAGGAAUACAGGUCGGAGAAGAGUCUGGAGGCAUUGAAUCGCCUCGUACCUCAUCACGCCCAUGUCAGGCGCACUGGGCUGAGAUCAAGGACACACGGUAGCAGGCAUACGAUCGAGAACGACGAGGUUGAGCUAGAGCCAUUGGCCAACGGCGCCACCCCCGAGGAGAAAACGUCUACAACUAUACUUGCCUCUCAACUGGUGGUGGGAGAUCUGGUUAUCUUUUCUACUGGCGACCGUAUUCCUGCGGAUAUUAGGAUCACACGCUCGGCGGACCUAACUAUCGAUGAGUCCAACUUGACCGGUGAAAAUGAGCCCGUGGAGAAGCAUGCGGCUGCUCUUGACAGGGCUGCCCCAAGAUCUGAGCACCAUGGCACUCCGGAGCCGCUCAAUGCUGCCGGUACAGUAGGGGCAGACGUCCGGCUCAACGAGCAGCACAAUAUUGCCUUUAUGGGCACAUUGGUCCGGUCAGGCCAUGGCGAAGGUAUUGUCAUCGCAACAGGAGGAAACACUGAGUUCGGGACCAUUUCUUUGUCGCUCCAGGGAAUCGAGGCGCCGCGGACACCUCUGCAGCAUUCCAUGGAUCUACUUGGAAAGCAGCUCAGUUAUAUGUCAUUUAUUGUCAUCGGUAUCAUUAUGAUGAUCGGUCUUCUCCAAGGCAAGAAACUACUGGAUCUCUUCACCAUUGGAGUGUCACUGGCAGUUGCUGCAAUUCCAGAAGGGCUGCCAAUCAUCGUCACGGUGACACUGGCUCUCGGAGUAUUGAGAAUGGCCAAGCGAGGGGCUAUAGUCCGAAAGCUCCCAAGCGUCGAGACGCUCGGCUCUGUCAAUGUGGUUUGCAGUGACAAGACAGGAACACUGACUAUGAAUCAUAUGACCGUGACGAAGAUGUGGCAUUUCGAUGCCUCGCAGCCGUUUACUGUCGACACCGCGGCAGAGCCCACCUCUGCUACUAAAGCCGUUCUUCGCAUUGGCAACAUCGCAAACAACGGUCGAUUAUCGCAUGCGACUACCGGAACCCCAGCAACGGCCGCCUCCGCCGCUGUACUGUCCUCUACUAGAGACCGCUCGUCCACGAACAUCAGGAGCCGAUGGCUUGGCCAGCCUACCGACAUUGCAAUGUUAGACCUGAUGGACGCGUUCGGAGAAGACGAUAUCCGUGAACAGAUCGGUCAUCGGACGUUGGAGACCCCGUUUAGCUCGGAACGAAAGUGGAUGGGCGUGGUCAUUGGGAAUCCCCUUGGGGAGCUGACCAAUGGACAUGCUAUCGGCUCUGAGACGGCUUAUGUUAAAGGGUCUAUCGAACAGGUGCUCGGCCGGUCAGACACUUAUUUGACCAAGGACGGUCAAGAGGUGAUUCUUGACGAGGUUCGUCGCCAGCAAGCGUAUGCAGCCGCCCAGGCAAUGGCCGAGGAAGGCCUCCGAGUCAUUGCCUUCGCGAGCGGGGUGAUCAGGAGCAAGCACAGACAAGCCAGCAGGAGCUCGACGCCUUCUCGAGGGGACAACAAGCCGGACGAGACGGAUGUCUUCAAUGGCCUAUGUUUUGCAGGCUUGGUGGGAAUGAACGAUCCGCCUCGCAAGGACGUGCAUAGGUCUAUCAGACGGCUGAUGAACGGGGGAGUGAAAGUCAUCAUGAUUACCGGUGAUGCUGAGACGACGGCCGUGGCGAUUGCGAAAAAGCUGGGUAUGCCCAUCAACCCAGCAUCCUCGACUUCAAGGUCGGUCCUUCGAGGUGACGAGCUCGACCGCAUGUCGGAGCAGGAGCUGUCGGAGGCGAUCGGCAAGACAACCAUAUUCGCUCGAACCAGCCCAGAUCACAAAAUGAAAAUCGUUCGCGCGCUUCAGGCGCGAGGAGAUGUUGUAGCCAUGACAGGAGAUGGGGUCAACGAUGCACCGGCCUUGAAGAAAGCCGACAUUGGGAUUGCCAUGGGCAUGCUCGGGACCGACGUUGCCAAGGAAGCUGCCGAUAUGAUAUUGACCGACGACGACUUCUCCACGAUCCUCAGAGCCAUUGAACAAGGCAAAGGCAUAUUCUUUAACAUCCAAAACUUCAUCACCUUUCAACUGAGCACCAGUGUCGCAGCUCUGUCGCUGGUACUGCUAAGCACCAUGUUUGGGUUCAAGAACCCCCUCAAUGCUAUGCAGAUCCUCUGGAUCAACAUCUUGAUGGAUGGGCCGCCUGCCCAGUCCCUCGGGGUUGAGCCAGUCGAUCCCCGGGUAAUGACACAGCCGCCACGGCCCCGAAACGCCAAUGUGCUUACCAAACGUCUCAUCCGCCGGGUCCUCACGUCCGCCCUUAUCAUCAUGGUGGGUACGUUGUCAGUAUACAUCCACGAAAUGGUGGAGAUGGAUGACCCAACAGCCGCCGCCCCUGACAACGGCGCACCUCUUCGCGCCCGGGUGGUCACCAAACGUGAUACCACCAUGACUUUCACGACUUUCGUCCUCUUUGACAUGUUCAACGCCCUCACUUGUCGAUCAGAAGCCAAGUCUGUAUUAUUCGGGGAAAUCAAAAUUUUUGGAAACAAAAUGUUCAACUACGCAGUGGCAGGCAGUCUUGCAGGACAGCUCUGUGUCAUAUAUCUACCGUUUCUGCAACGAGUCUUUCAGACCGAGGCGUUGGGUUUGAGGGACAUCUUCAUACUGGUGUGCAUAGCGAGCUCUGUUUUCUGGGCUGAUGAGUUUCGAAAAUGGGUCGAGAGGAGGCGGGCUCUCGGCCUGAUGCCAACCGUUGGGUAUUCGGGCAGUGUGUAG